CCCUUAAUUCCUCCAAACAAUCAUACUCUUCUCUUCCCUUCCAACAAAUUACAGACGUGUAUGUUCCUGUCUUCUUACUCCAAAUAACCCCCCCUCCCCAAUGACAUCCCCCACCGCCAACUAUUUUCCUCCACCCUAUUUCCUUACUACUCUCUCUCUCUUUCUACCCCCUACCUCUUUUUCUUCUUCUUCUUCCAUCAUACCUAAUUCUCUCUCCUCCUAAAUUCCAUGGCAAAACUCGUCGUUGAAGUUCUUGAUGCCAGUGAUCUCAUGCCUAAAGAUGGCCAUGGAAGCGCUAGCCCCUUCGUAGAGGUUCAAUUUGAUGAGCAACACCAAAGAACUUCCACUAAGCCUAAAGAUCUCAAUCCUUCUUGGAAUGAAAAGCUUGUUUUCAACAUCAAGAAUCCCAGAGACCUUCCCAACCAAACAAUUGAGGUUUUCGUCUACAAUGAUAACAAACAAGGCCACCACAAGAAUUUUCUCGGAAGGGUUCGGAUUUCUGGCAUGUCCGUUCCCUUUUCCGACCAUGAAGCCGUCGUCCAGAGGUACCCCCUUGAUAAAAGAGGUAUCUUUUCUCACGUGAAGGGUGAUAUUGCUUUGAAGAUAUAUUCCUCUGUGCAUGGGGGUGUUGAUGGAGUUCAGUCUUUUGAGCCACUGGAGCAAGUUUUCCAGCAGCACCUGGAUGCUGUGGACAGUCAUUACAAUCAUCAUCCCAAUAAACCCACAGAGACUGCUCCUGCUCCGUUGCAGGAGAUCAAUCCUAAUAAGUUUGAUGAUGAGCAUUACUACAAGAGAAGCCAUGAGAAAAACAAGAAAAAAAAGAAGGAGAAAGAGGUGAGGACUUUUUACUCUGUGGGGAGUACUGCUUCCGCAGGAGGGGGCCCCCCACCCCCGCCGGCUGAGAAGCCGGUUUUCGUGGAAACUCGGAGUGAUUUUGCCAAGUCUGGAGCAGCACCUGCAGCUACUGUAAUGCAAAUGCAAUUUCCAGGACAGAAGCCUGAGUAUGGGGUGGUGGAGACUAGGCCUCCUUUGGCUGCAAGAAUGGGGUAUUGGGGAAGGGACAAAACUGCAAGCACUUAUGAUUUGGUCGAGCAGAUGAAUUUUCUGUAUGUACAUGUUGUAAAAGCUAAGGAUCUACCUGUGAUGGACAUAUCAGGAAGUCUGGAUCCCUACGUUGAGGUGAAAGUUGGAAACUACAAAGGUGUGACUAAGCACUUGGAGAAGAAUCAGAAUCCCGUCUGGAAUAGCGUUUUUGCCUUUUCAAAGGAGAGACUGCAAACCAAUUUGGUUGAAGUUACUGUGAAGGAUAAGGAUAUCGGGAAGGAUGAUUUUGUGGGGAAAGUCUUAUUUGAUAUAGCAGAAGUGCCUCAGCGGGUGCCACCGGAUAGUCCACUGGCUCCUCAGUGGUACAAAUUGGUGGACAAGAAAGGGGAGAAAAUCAACCAGGGGGAGAUUAUGCUUGCAGUUUGGAUGGGGACACAGGCUGAUGAAGCCUUCCCCGAGGCUUGGCACUCUGAUGCUCACAGCGUAAGCCAGCAAAGCCUUGCCAAUACGAGGUCAAAAGUAUAUUUCUCGCCGAAAUUGUAUUAUCUCCGAGCCCAUAUGAUCGCAGCCCAAGAUCUGGUGCCAUCAGAUAAAGGGCGGCAACCGGAUACUUUUGUGAGGGUGCAGCUGGGGCAUCAGAUGCGGGUCACCAGGCCUUCACCAAUGAAGCACAUUAAUCCAGAGUGGAAUGAGGAGCUUAUGUUUGUGGCAUCUGAGCCUUUCGAUGAGUACAUAAUUAUCAGCGUGGAAGACAGAAUUGGACCAGGCAAAGAUGAAGUGAUAGGAAGGAUUAUCAUACCAGUUAGAGAAGUUCCACAGAGAAUCGAAACUGCUAAGCUGCCUGAUGCCCGUUGGUUUCCUCUCCAAAAGCCAUCUGUGGCAGAGGAAGAAGGGGAGAAGAAAAAAGAGUUGAAAUUUGCCAGCAGAAUUCUUCUUCGGCUCUGCAUAGAUUCCGGUUACCAUGUCCUGGAUGAGUCCACCCAUUUCAGCAGUGAUCUUCAGCCAUCAUCCAAGCAUCUGAGAAAGCCCAGCAUUGGACUUCUUGAAGUUGGCAUUUUGAGUGCUAGAAAUCUGCUGCCAAUGAAGAGCAAGGAUGGUAAGAUGACGGAUGCUUAUUGUGUGGCCAAGUACGGUAACAAAUGGGUUCGGACCAGAACACUUUUAGACACUCUGCAUCCUCGGUGGAAUGAGCAGUACACUUGGGAAGUGUACGAUCCUUGCACCGUGAUAACUAUUGGUGUCUUCGACAAUUGCCACAUCAAUGGCAAGGAUGACGCAAGGGAUCAAAGGAUUGGAAAAGUGAGAAUUAGGCUCUCCACCUUAGAGACGGAUCGAAUUUACACCCACUCAUACCCCUUAUUGGUUCUUACCCCCUCGGGUUUGAAGAAGCAUGGGGAGCUCCACCUGGCAAUACGUUUCAGUUGCACUGCUUGGGUGAACAUGGUGGCACAAUAUGGGAAGCCGUUGCUACCCAAAAUGCAUUAUGUUCAGCCAAUAUCGGUUAGGCACAUUGAUUGGCUCCGACACCAGGCAAUGCAGAUAGUGGCUGCAAAAUUGUCCAGGGCUGAGCCACCGCUUAGAAGGGAGAUAGUGGAGUAUAUGUUGGAUGUUGAUUACCAUAUGUGGAGCCUUAGGAGAAGCAAAGCCAACUUCUUCCGCAUAAUGUCACUCCUUUCUGGGAUAUCGUAUGUGUGCAGAUGGUUCGAUGGCAUUUGUUACUGGAAAAACCCCCUGACCACAAUCCUUGUGCAUGUGCUCUUUCUGAUACUAGUAUGCUACCCCGAGCUGAUUCUGCCUACAAUUUUCCUCUACCUGUUUGUCAUUGGGUUGUGGAACUAUCGGUUUAGGCCCAGAGUUCCACCACACAUGGAUGCUCGUCUUUCUCAAGCCGAAAACACACAUCCAGAUGAACUAGAUGAGGAAUUCGACACAUUUCCAACUUCUCGGCCAACUGACAUUGUGAGGAUGAGAUACGACAGGUUGCGAAGCGUGGCAGGAAGAGUUCAAACAGUGAUUGGAGAUUUGGCAACACAAGGGGAAAGGGCGCUUUCCAUAUUGAGCUGGAGGGACCCGAGGGCGACAGCCAUCUUUAUUAUAUUUUCAUUGAUCUGGGCUGUAUUUCUGUAUGUGACACCAUUCCAGGUGGUGGCAGUGCUAAUUGGUCUAUACAUACUGCGGCAUCCCCGGUUCAGGAGCAAGAUGCCAUCAGUACCUGUGAAUUUCUUCAAGAGACUACCAGCCAGGACAGACUCCCUUCUGUGAGUGAGAUCAAAAGCAGAAGAGAAUUUAUAAUUUGGUAAAUAAGUUGAAAUAAAAGAAUGUGCAGCAGAAGCAACCAACAGUUGCUGGAUAUCCAUCCAAUUUAAUUAUGUAUUCAGAUCAAUUUUCCUUGUUCAUGAUUUUGAUAAUAUAUUCAAUGUUUUAUUGAAAGA